CCCAGUGGGGAAGUUGCAGGCGGUACGUGCCUCUCCAAACUCGGCAGAGCAUGGGUUUAUUUUCAAGUGGCGACUAUGGAAGCCAGCGCCUCGGAUGAUGUGGAUAAACUGAAGUCUAGGUUUUUAUCUGCUUGGCAUAAUGUGAAAUAUAGCUGGGUCCUCAAGACAAGAACAUAUUUUAAGCGGAAUUCACCUGUGUUUUUGCUUGGAAAAUGUUACCACUUCAAGCUUGAAGAUUCUAGCGAGGCCUUUCCUGAUGACUCCGAGACCAAGACUGUGACUAAUGGUGAAGCAUUUGGCACAGUGGAGGAUUUCCGAAAGGACUUUAUCUCCAGGAUAUGGCUGACCUACAGAGAGGAGUUCUCCCAAUUAGAAGGGUCAGCAUGGACGACCGACUGUGGUUGGGGCUGCACUCUGCGGACUGGACAAAUGCUUCUGGCUCAGGGACUAUUGGUUCAUUUAAUUGGGCGAGAUUGGUUGUGGCCCAAUGCCCUGGACAUUUACAGCUCGGAGGCGGACUUCUGGUCCGGUAACAGCACAAGAAAGCUUGCUCCAUUCGAGGCUUCAUACGUUGACCAUAAGAACUAUGGGACCACCUCUAGUAAACCGUUGCACAUCAAAGACUAUGAUGAGAAAAACCAGACGGAGGUUUACCAUAGGAAGAUCAUUUCCUGGUUUGCGGACCAGCCCUCUGCUGAUUUUGGUAUACACCAGCUGAUCAAACUCGGCAAGAGCUCUGGCAAAGUUGCCGGUGACUGGUAUGGCCCAGCUAUUGUGUCUCACCUCCUGAGGUAAGUUUUUGAGUCUCUGCUUGAAUGUGACCAACUACAAGGGAUCACCAUUUAUGUUGCUCAGGACUGUACAAUUUACAGCGGAGAUGUGUACAACCAACAAAAUACCUUGGACUGUGAAAAAUCUGUUCUGAUCCUGGUUCCCGUGAGACUGGGCGGAGAGAGGACCAACAUGGAGUAUUUUGAGUUUGUGAAGGGGAUUCUAAGCCUGGACUACUGCAUAGGAAUAAUUGGUGGUCGGCCAAAACAAUCCUAUUACUUUGCAGAUGACAGUUUGAUAUACAUGGAUCCUCAUUACUGCCAAUCUUUUGUAGAUGUCAGCAGAAAGGAUUUCCCUCUCGAGUCGUUCCACUGUCCCUCGCCGAAGAAAAUGCCGUUUAGAAAAAUGGAUCCGAGUUGCACAAUUGGAUUUUAUUGCAGAAACGCACAAGACUUUCGGAAGGUUGAGGAAGAGCUCACAAAGGUUCUAAAGUCUUCCAGCAAACAAAACUAUCCAUUAUUUACCUUCGUCAACGGACACGCUCAAGACUUUGAUUUGGCUUGCUCGCCGCUCUUCGAGCAGUCUGACCUUUUCAUGGAGGAGGACGAGAAGAGAUUAAAUAGCUACAGCGCAGAGGACUUUGUCUUGCUGUAAAGUUUCCUUCGGUUCCGGCAAUCUUCUCCGAACGUUCCUCCACCGGCAGAUCCUACAACACUAGACUCUUAUUCUUCAUUAUUUUUACCAUCUCUGUUUUUUUUUUUUUAAAUAAAAAUUUUAUUGUUUUUAGCCCUCUUAAGAAAAAAAAUUCGCUAUUUUAAGAAACCUGGAUGUGUUUUGUAAGGUGG